AGAUAAAACAUCAUGGCGGAAAGCACAUGGUCGGCGUCGCGUUUGUUUAUCUAAACGGUCUACAGUGGAGAUAAUUGAAUUUACUGUUAAAAAUGCCAGCGCAAGUUAAAAAUAAUAUAUUGCUCUAUGAAGGCUGUAACUAUUUAAGGUACAGAUUAAUAUUGUCUACUUUGUCGGGAAAACCUGUAAAAAUAACAGAUAUCAGGACUGCAGAUGACGAUCCGGGUCUUAGAGAAUGUGAAAUCAGUUUCGUAAGAUUAUUGGACAAAAUUACAAAUGGUUCAAGAAUUGAGUUGAACGAAACAGGAACAAGUUUGUAUUACAGUCCUGGAUUACUUUCUGGAGGAGAAAUAGAUCAUGAAUGCAGUUUACAGAGAGGUAUUGGUUACUAUCUCGAAGGUGUCAUGGCUCUUGCACCUUUCUGCAAAACACCUGUUAGUAUAAAACUCAGAGGAGUGACUAAUAACACCCAAGAUCCUAGUGUAGACAGGAUAAAGACGGCUGGAAUACCAAUUUUAAGGAAGUUUUUAGCUGGAGAUAAUGAAGUUACUUUUGCAAUCAAUAAAAGAGGUGUAGCACCUCUAGGUGGCGGAGAGGUUUAUUUCAAGUGUCCUGCCAGUAAAUUUCUGAAAUCCAUUCAGUUGCAAGAUAGUGGUAUGGUCAAGAGAAUUAGAGGAACCUCAUGCAGUUUAAGAGUUUCUCCUGCUAUCUCUAAUCGCCUUGUAGAGUCAGCUAAGGGUGUAUUGUUGAACUUUUUGCCAGAUAUUUAUAUUCACACAGAUGCAAGUAGAGGAGCAACUAGUGGGAAAUCUCCAGGGUUUGGUAUUAGUCUGACAGCAGAAACCACAAAUGAAAUAUUUCUCAGUGGUGAAGCGUAUUCCCCGUUAAUGACUGCAGGAUCUUUACCCUGUGUCCCGGAGGACUUGGGUAAAGAAGCAGCACUCAAACUUUUGGAUGAAAUUUUCAGAAACGGAUGCGUAGAUUCAGCGUUUCAAAGUAUGACUGCCCUUUUCAUGGCUCUAGGCAAAAAAGAUGUUUCAAAAGUAGUUGUAGGCCCACUGACGCCAGCAACAAUUCAAUUCUUGAGGGAUCUACGAGAUUUCUUUGGCAUCACCUUCAAGCUAGAAAAUGUCAAAGACGAAGAUGAAACUAAUGCUGAACAGAACCAGGUUUUACUGACAUGUGUAGGCAUUGGAUAUUCUAACUUGAGCAGACGUGUUUUAUAAAUUUGUCCUUUUACUUACAUAAAAGGUCUGUACAUAUUUAUUUUAUCGUUUUAAUAGAUAAUAUCAAACGUUUAUAUAUACUGUUUUUUA